AUGUGGGUAGAGAGAUUACCACGCCUCUACGACCCAGGGCCCGAAGUGACCGUGAAUGAACAACUGCUCGCGUUCAGAGGACGGUGUCCUUUCAAGCAGUACAUGCCAAGCAAACCGGCGAAAUACGGCAUCAAGUCGUGGGUCGCGUGCGAUGCAAAAUCAAGCUACGCUUGGAAGAUGCAAGUCUACACCGGGAACCAGAUGGACGGAGUCCCGGAGAGGAACCAGGGGAUGCGCGUCGUGCUCGACGUGACAGAGGGCCUGAAGGAUCGCAAUGUCACGUGUGACAAUUUCUUCACCUCUUACGAACUCGGACGAGAGCUCAUGGCGACGAGAAACAUGACCAUGGUUGGCACCAUGCGAAAGAACAAGAGCUCCUACGCUGAAAUCAAUAACAGAAACGACGGCAAACCGACCAUCGUCCUAGAUUACAACCUGAACAAAGGAGGUGUCGACAAUCUGGAUAAGGUCAUCACGGCCUACAGCUGUAAAAGGAAGAUGGCCCGCUGGCCCCUCGUCAUCUUCAGCAACAUCGUUGACGUCUCCUCCUACAAUGCCUUUGUAAUAUGGAGAGGUCAACCCCAACUGGAUGCCGCGUAA